AUUAAAAUUUCUCCCCCUUCCAGAACAAUAUGCACUUCAGUGUGUAUGUCGAGAAAAGAAAAGAAAAAGCAAAUUCUUUUACGCGCUUCACGCCAACACCAAGUUACGAUCUCUCUCUCUGUGACGAUUAUAUUCACCAAGAGGAAAGCCGGCGUACGUGCCGACUCCGUAAGACUGACGAUUGCGAUGCGAGAUAUGGAAAUGUUCGGCCGGUUGAAGGACCGACGAUGGUGCGACAUUCUACGAUCGACCGGAGCAAUCGUUUUGGAGAUGUCUGGCCGACGUUGCCUUUAAAUAGAAGCGGCGUAAUCGAGCUCUCAAACAUUUCCAAAAUUUUCAUCGAAGAUCGCAAAAUCUGGCGGACUCGUCAACCGAAGGAAAAGAAAAAAAAAAAGAAACAAGCGCGCACACUCAAUUUUACAUCGUACAUAAUUACAGACGAAACAAACGGUUUUGCACGAUCGAGAUACUGAAAACGAAUCAAAUACGAAUGUCACA